GAUGCUUUCGCGCUGUCCUCUCCUUGCUCCGCUGGCGCUCCUCCUUCUCGCGGUGGCGCAGCGGCUGCUAUUACUAGAGUCGUGCGGCGUUUUUUUUUUUUUUCCCCCUUCUCCCGCCCUCCCGUAUCAAAAUUCCUGAGUCGGAGAAACUGCCUGCUGUGGGGGCUCUUCUCCCUCGCCUUCACCCCGCGCCUGACUGCGAAAGAGUGAGGCGGAUGCCCUGGGCGCCGCGCUUGCUCGUUCCCUGGCGGCGUCUCCCUUGCUUGCCUCCCUCCCCGCCUUCUCCGUUUAAUUUGCCAAACGAGAUUGCGGAGGGCUCCAGGCUCCCCAGGCUGGCUCCCGUUGGACUCGGCGCUUCUCGCCGCAGGAGUCGUAGUAGCGCGGUAGUGCCGGCUGCCGCCUCUGGAGGCGCGGCGACUCACGCUGGAGAGCAUCUUCGGCCACGGACUGUCCGGGGAGUCCGGCGGAGGUGCCGCGAUUUCUGGGUACGCAGUGCUUACUCACUGAAGCUGUAUGACAACUCUGUAAGAGCUCUACUCAGAUAAAAUGGCCAAGUAUUAUUGCGAGUAAUCACAUCAACCGUUCCUAUCUUCACAUCCUUUUUACGUCAUGGGACCUGAUGGCAGUUUCCUAAGUACUGGAGUGCUUCAUAUUAUUGUAUGGGGUAGCUUGGGAGCCAUGGCAAUGCUUCUGGUAUUUAGUUUUCUCCUCUUUCUCUGCUCUGGUUGUGACAGGGAGAACAGGCCUGAGCAGCAAAAUGGGGACCAUGAAAAUCUGAUGAAUGUGCCUUCAGAUAAAGAGGCAUUUAGUCACUCUGUCACAAGUCUGGCUACAGAUCCAAUUGCAAGCAGUGAACAAAAUGGUGGAAUCAGUAAUGGAGAUGUUCUUUCAGAAGAUAGUACAGCUGCUUCUCUCCAACCUUACGAAGAAGUGCAAACCUCUGUUACAGAUCUUUUGGAUCAACAGGACACAUUGGGAAGAUCUUUAAAAUGUCAUCAAAGUAGAGAGCUACCUAGGAUCCCUCCAAAUAAUGCCAUAGAAACUAUUCUCACCACAAGAAAUGCAGAAAAUGACCAGAGUCUGGGAAUGGAGGGGCCCUAUGAAGUGCUGAAAGAUAGUUCCUCCCAAGAGAACAUAGUAGAAGACUGCUUGUAUGAAACAGUGAAGGAAAUUAAGGACCUAGGAGCAGCAGCCAACUCAGAGAAAUGCAAACCAAAGACUACUGUGAUGGUUAAUGGAAUUUUAGAUCAUGUUCUUGAGAAGAAGACAGAAUCAGCAGAAUAUGCAUCCGUUGACAGAAAUAAAAAAAGUUGCCACAGUGUUAAUUCAGAGAGUCCUCUUAGCAGUACUACUCCAGAUGUGGAAGAAGAAGCUCCACCUCCUGUACCAAUAAAACUUCUUGAUGAAAAUGAGAAUGUACAGGAUAAAGGAGCCAAAGAAGAGGAGGAAGUAAUGGAAAGGCUUAAUGAACCCGACAAGAGGCUUAGUUCAUUGAUUUAUAAAUCUCGAGAAGAUGACCCAUCUCUUACAGAAGAUGAGAUUUCAGCAAUGUAUUCUUCUAUAAAUAAAACAGGACAACCCUCUAGAGACUUGGAAUCUACAUAUACCUGUAUUCCUGAACUUGUACCUCAGAAGUCUCCAUCUAUUUGCAGUGGCCUCUAUGCCAGUGUGAAGGACUUGGAAACAAAUCCAAACCUUACUGAUUUGCCUCAAUCAACAAUACUUCUAAAUGGGGACUUGGAACCAGACUAUGAAGCCAUUCAGACUCUAAGUCGAGAGGAGGAAAGAAAUGUUUUGAUGUCUAGCACCAUUCAAACCAUCCUCCCACAAGAGAAUGACUAUGAGAGUAUUGGUGAUUUGCAGCAAAAUAAAGAUGUCACCAGGCUUUAACUGAUUCAAAGACAAGACUUUGGAACAUGCUGUUCAGCAUGUCUUUCAAGAUAGGUUUACUCCAUGACUUAUCACUUGCAAACUCAACACACAGUUGGAAAUGUAAAAUGUCCAAAAAGUAUUUUGCUUGAAAUGAUAUCAGGUAAUGUGAAAACUUAGCCUGGGAUGUUUGAUCAAUGAUUCCUGCUUCAUAUCCAUCAAACUAUCAUAUAGAAAUGAACUUACCCUAACAAGCAGGCAAAUGCUCCGUUUGAAGAACCAAGAUCACAUGGAUGAAAAAACACACACAAAGAACAGAAAUGCUGCUGUUUCAUCAAUGUGCACAGUGAUUUUUCUACUCCUGUAGGUGAUGUUAUCACAACAUAGAUAGAAUCAAAAAUGAGGAUUCUGGAAAGGCUUCUAUAGAAGAGACAUGAUGAAGCAAGAAUGACAUGUUUGAAGCACAUGUUCAGGCACAUACUCAUAUCUUAAUAUAUAAAAAGUGGUACUGUUAAACAAGGGCCAUUUUAAAAGAUCUUUACUUUCAGUUACCAUUUUAUUGAAAUGUAUUCCCAAAUUAUACAUUCAUUUAGGUUGUUUUCAAACAUAGGCACAGCUUGCCAUAAAGAGCAGAUAAAUUUAGCGGGCUGAUUUGCCUUAAUUCAUUGUUUCUCAAUCAUGGCAACUAUAAGCUGUGUGGAUUUCAACUCCCAGAAUUUCCCAGUCAGCAAUAGGGAAUUCUGGGAAUUGAAGUCCACACAGCUUAAAGUUGUUAAGAUUGAGAAACACUUCCCUAAUAUAUUUAAUGCAGCCAUGAGAUGUUGUGAGUGAAUCUGCUUGCCUAUUCCAGGUUCAUGCUUCAGCUUUGAUCUUGCUUUAGAGCAGAGGUCUUCAAACUUGGCAGCUUUAAGACUUGUGGACUUCA